AUGCCUACCGAUGGCCCGACGCUCCAUACCAUCGAAGAAGCUCAAGAGGCGGUCGACAGGAUGAAAGAGUGUCUGGGGGUGGUCGAAGAUCGGUGCAGUGCACCGGACGUGAUGACGUUCUUGAGCCAAACCAAACCCAGCAUGGACGUGCUGUCACGCCAAGUGGCAAAUUUCCUCGAAAAGUCGAAGCACAAACUCGAUAAAGCGCAGCUCAAGGCAGUCCAGAAGGACUUUGUCGUCACCAUGAAGCGGCUCCAGGAAACCCAACGCAUGCACGCCCGGAAGCAUGAAGCUGUCGUCGAAUACGAUUUGAUUCAAGGAGGGACAAUCACAACUGACGAAUUCCAAGCGGGAAAAGAUGUGCUCGAAAAGGAGCUGGCUCUAGCCGACGAAAUGAACCACUUGGUUCAUGCGGUGGGCCAAGUGAACAAGGUCGUCCACGAACAGACCAAGGUCGUCGAGCACGUCAAGGACGAGCUGGACGCAGUCGCCAUCACGAUUGGCGAUGCUAUUUCUGCGGAAGAGCAAGCAGCAUACCUCCGGUGGGAGAACACGAAGAAGAAGAUGCUCAUCGCGAUCCUUGUCGUGGGCAUCGUGGCAGCGAUUGCCACACCGAUCGUGCUGGCCUUCACAUGA